CUGCAGGGGCAGCUCAGCCGGAUCCACAGCCCUGUGUCGGAUGGAUUCAUUCCAGUUCAGCGAGGGCCUCUGAGCAGAGCAGCAGCACCCGGACCGAGCAUGGCUGGUAAGAUCCAGAGUCUGACGGAGGAGGAGAGGGCCCACGUCCUGCCGAUGCUGCGCUCCGCUCAGUGGGUGGAGGUCGGGGGUCGGGACGCCAUCUACAAAGAGUUUGUGUUCAAAGACUUCAACCAGGCGUUUGGUUUCAUGUCCAGAGUGGCUUUGCGAGCAGAAAAGAUGGACCACCACCCCGAGUGGUUCAACGUUUACAACAAGGUCCAGAUCACGCUCAGCACUCACGACUGCGGGGGCCUGUCCCAGCGCGACGUCUCCUUGGCCACUUUCAUCGACCAGGUUUCUCUGAUGUGAGCGGCCUUCGCCGUCUGAAACCGCCUUGGAGGAACCCGCAGUUCGUCGUGAAGAUGCAGACAUCCUGAAAGACUGACAGCUGGCUUCCAAGUGUUAACAGUUGUGUUUAGACGCGCUAACUUCUGCUCACAGGAUGUGGUUUUCUGUGGUUUUGAAACAAGAAAAGCAACCAGGAUGUCAUCAGACUAAAUGUAUUUUAUUGAAAAGAAUCACAAAAGGCCUCUAACGUCUGGUUCCCAGUGCAGACAGGAGAACGUUGAACUCAAUCAGGAACAGAUUUCUCAGAAUAGAACCAGCAGCCCGUCGGCAAACCUCCACCUUCGGAUCCUUUUGGGUCCGGUUUUUCAUUUAGUUCAUUCACGUCACAUCAGCUUGAGACCAAAACAAAGCUGCAGAUUCGCUCAACACAAACGUUUCAGCAAUUUGUCCUGAAACUCUCAGAAAGAAAAUUCUAAAAGGAUGAGACGGUUUUGUAGCCACGGCGGUUUUCCGGCUGAAAACCGCCGUCGCUUCCCGACCCGACACCUUGGAUCAGAAUCGAAUACAUUCUUCUCUUUAAAACGCGGAAAAGUGAACACAGAUAGAGUUAGCCAUGGAUGGACGUUCAGUGGUUGAAGUUGGAUAAACCGUCGCGGAGGAUCUACAGGAAGUUACACUUCAUCAAAUAAAAACAAUUAUUGCACAAACAUGGAAAAACACACCAGAAAUGCCACUUUAGUACAUAAAAGGAUGAGAGUC